GAGAUCUCAAAAAUGCAAAAUAAAUAGAGCUCACUCUGUUUUCACUUGGAAAAACAGAGUGACAGAGUGCUUAAUAGUUUCUUGCUGCAAUGAAGAGAAUUCAAAGAUUUCACUUGAUUCUAUUUCUUUGCAUUGCAAUGACAGUGCCUUCAAAUGCAAGAUCUCAUUUUCACAAACAGAGGAACCAUCAUCACAAGAACAAUGACCAUCAUAUUUCUCAGCCCCCUGUUUCAGCCCCUGUUUCUCCUCCACCAGAUACUGAUCCUGAACCUGAUCCUGAUCCUUGUGUUUUCAAUGUGAGAUCCUUUGGUGCAGUUGGUGAUGGCUCUACAGAUGAUACUGAUGCAUUUCGGUCAGCUUGGAAGGCUGCUUGCUCGACAGAAUCCGGUGUUCUCCUCGUCCCAUCAGACGGUCUGUUCUCGAUCACUUCCAGCAUUUUCUCUGGCCCCUGCAAGCCUGGUUUUGUGUUUCAGGUUGAUGGUGUGUUGAUGCCACCUGAUGGUCCUGAUUGCUGGCCAGAUUCUGAUAGUAAGCAUCAAUGGCUUGUGUUUUAUAGAGUUGAUGGCAUGACACUCAGAGGAGAAGGUACCAUUGAAGGCAAUGGAGAGAAGUGGUGGAAUCUCCCCUGCAAGCCACACAGAGGGCCUAAUGGAACCACAUUGCCCGGUCCUUGUGAUAGUCCAGCGCUUAUCAGAUUCUUCAUGAGUAGUAACUUGACUGUAAGGGAAUUGCGCAUUGAGAACAGCCCACAAUUCCAUGUUAAAUUCGACGGUUGUGAAGACGUGCACAUCGAAGGCUUGUCGAUAAACUCUCCGGCACUGAGUCCUAACACAGAUGGAAUACACAUUGAGAACACAAAGAAGGUUGCCAUCUACAAUUCAAUGAUAAGCAAUGGUGAUGAUUGCAUUUCCAUCGGUCCCGGAUGUGCGGAUGUGGACAUUGAGAAUGUGACCUGUGGACCCAGCCACGGCAUCAGCAUUGGAAGCUUGGGUGUGCACAAUUCACAAGCAUGUGUAUCGAAUAUUACUGUCAGGAAUGCGGUGAUUAAAAAUUCGGACAAUGGAGUCAGGAUCAAGACAUGGCAAGGAGGCAUGGGCUCAGUAUCAGGCAUCACCUUUGACGGCAUAAUAAUGGAGAACGUGAGGAACUGCAUCAUUAUAGACCAGUAUUACUGCCUGACCAAAGCAUGCAUGAACCAGACAUCAGCAGUGUUUGUAUCCGACAUAUCAUACUCAAACAUAAAGGGUACGUACGACGUCAGAAACCCUCCGAUACACUUCGCCUGCAGUGAUUCGGUGCCUUGCACAAACAUAACCAUGUCUGAAGUGGAACUGCUUCCUUUUGAAGGGGAGCUGGUGGAUGAUCCUUUCUGUUGGAAUGCUUAUGGAGCUCUUCAGACACUCACAAUUCCUCCGAUAUCUUGUUUGCAACAAGGCGAGCCUCAAUCACUUGGCGAGAAUCAAAGAUAUGGAUGCUAAAACAUCGGUUGUUGUAUCUCGUUUUUUCCGGUUGUAGUUGUAGGAUAGAAUGUGCAUUCCUCACCUCCCAUAUGUUCAUCCUCUGGUUUUUUUGCAGAUGAGAUUGGUAGGGGAAAUGAGUCAUGCUUGGGCUCUGUUUUGUAGUGAGUCCUCAUGUGUUAUCUAUGCCUGCAUGUGCUUUGUUACAAACUAUCUACUGAAUACUUAAUAUCUAUGUCCAUUGAAAAACUAGUCUACCAAUUAAACAAUGAA